AAAAACAACCCAGGAGGGUGCUACGUAGAAACCAUUUAUCCUUCGGAUUCUGGGGAUUCUGUGGAAAAAUCAAGGGGCACAUUUUGCAGAAGAGUGUGGUGGAGCAGAAGUGAUUCUGCCAGAAGCCUUCUGGAAAGGAACUAUGAAGAACCGAGGGGAACACCAUCUGCAGACAAGGCAAGUCUUGCUUCUCUUUGUUUUCCUAGGAAUGUCUCGAGCACAUUCUGUGGCCAGGAGACUUUCAGUGGUGGAGGAAAUGCCGAGUGGGGCCUUGGUAGGGAAUUUGGAAAAGGACCUGGGGCUUGAGGUGGGUGAGCUGUCUGCACGAGGGGCUCAAGUGGCCUCUAAUAAUAAUAAACUGCCUUUGCAAUUGAACAUAAAUACAGGAGAUUUGCUCCUAAGUGAACCACUAGACCGUGAGGAGCUGUGUGGCUCCAUUGAGCCCUGUGUGCUCCAUUUCCAGGUGUUACUGAAAAACCCCUUAAAGAUUUUGCAAGUUGAGCUUCAGGUCAUGGAUGUAAAUGACAACUCCCCUGUAUUCUUGGAAAAGGAAAUGGUUUUAGAAAUUCCAGAAAACAGUCCUGUUGGUGCUAUGUUCUUACUAGAAAGUGCAACUGAUUUAGAUGUAGGAAUCAAUACUGUUAAAAGCUACAUGAUAAGCCAGAGCUCUCAUUUCCACGUUACAAUGAGAGUUAAUCCCGAUGGCAGGAAAUACCCAGAGUUAGUUCUGGACAAAGUGCUGGAUUAUGAGGAGCAGCCUGAGCUUAGUCUCAUCCUCACGGCUUUGGAUGGAGGGACUCCAUCCAGGUCUGGGACUGCAUUGGUUCAAGUGGAAGUCAUAGAUGCCAAUGACAACUCCCCUGAAUUUGACCAAAUGUUCUAUGAAGUGAGGAUUCCAGAGAAUAGCAGGCUUGGCUCACUGAUUAUCACUGCAUCGGCUUCGGACUUAGACUCGGGAACUAAUGGUGAACUCUCAUAUGCCUUUUCCCAUGCAUCAGAGGAUAUUCGAAAAACAUUUGCAAUUAAUAAAAAUUCUGGAGAAAUAAGUUUAAUAGGCUAUUUGGACUUUGAAACGACUGAAUCCUACUCAAUAAUCAUUAAAGCUACCGAUCGGGGAGGACUUUUUGGGAAAUCUACAGUAAGAAUUCAGGUGAUGGAUGUGAACGACAAUUUUCCUGAAAUUGCUGUGUCAUCAUUUGUCAGUCCAAUCCCAGAAAAUGCUGUAGAGACUUUAGUUAUGAUUUUUAGUAUUCAAGACAAGGACUCAGGAGAGAACAGCAAGAUGGUUUGCAGUAUUCCGGAGGAUCUCCCAUUUGUGCUAAAAUCUUCUAUUGAAAAUUACUACCACUUAGAAACGGAGAGAGCACUGGAUAGAGAGAACAGAGCUGAGUACAACAUCACCAUCUCUGUCUCAGACCAGGGCACACCCAGGCUCACAACCCAGCACACCAUAACAGUGCAGGUGUCCGACAUCAACGACAACGCCCCGGCCUUCACCCAAACCUCCUACACCAUGUUUGUCCACGAGAACAACAGCCCCGCCCUGCACAUAGGCACCAUCAGCGCCACAGACUCAGACUCAGGCUCCAAUGCCCACAUCACCUACUCGCUGAUGCCGCCUCGAGACCCACAGCUGGCCCUCGACUCGCUCAUCUCCAUCAAUGCUGACAACGGGCAGCUGUUCGCGCUCAGGGCGCUGGACUAUGAAGCGCUGCAGGCCUUCGAGUUCCGCGUGGGUGCCACAGACCGAGGCUCACCCGCGCUCAGCAGUCAGGCACUGGUGCGCGUGGUGGUGCUGGACGACAAUGACAAUGCGCCCUUCGUGCUCUACCCGCUGCAGAACGCCUCAGCGCCCUACACAGAGCUGCUGCCCAGGGCGGCAGAGCCUGGAUACCUGGUUACCAAGGUGGUAGCUGUGGACCGCGACUCUGGCCAGAAUGCCUGGCUGUCAUUCCAGCUGCUCAAGGCCACGGAGCCCGGGCUAUUUAGUGUGUGGGCGCACAAUGGUGAGGUGCGCACCACUAGGUUGCUGAGCGAGCGUGAUGUGCCCAAACACAGGUUGCUGCUGCUGGUCAAGGACAAUGGAGAUCCUCCGCGCUCUGCCAGUGUCAUGCUGCAAGUGCUACUAGUGGAUGGCUUCUCCCAGCCCUACCUGCCUCUGCCAGAGGUGGCGCGGGACUCCAUGCCGGAUGUUGACAACAUGCUCACGCUGUACCUGGUUAUUGCUUUGGCCUCUGUGUCUUCUCUCUUCCUCCUGUCUGUGAUGCUGUUUGUGGGAGUGAGGCUGUGCAGGAGAGCCAGGGCAGCCUCUCUGGGUGGCUGUUCUGUACCUGAGGGACACUUUCCUGAUCAUCUCGUCGACAUUAGCGGUGCGGGAACUCUGUCCCAGAGCUACCAGUAUGAGGUGUGUCUGAUGGGAGGUAGUGGGACAAAUGAGUUCAGAUUCUUGAAGCCAGUUUCCCCCAAUUUAAAACCCCAGUUCCCUGGGAAAGAAAUGGAGGAAAGUUCUACUUUGCGCAAUAGUUUUGGGUUAUUUAGUGACUGUAAUUGAUGCUGUAUUUCAUCUUGUGGCUAUUCCAUGAUAAUGUGUAUUUCUCCGAAUUUGCAUGAUCUUCAAAUCUAGUGUUUGCAUGUUAUGUCCCUCCUACUUUUCAAUUUAUGCCAACGCUUCUAAUAAGAUGGUAAGCCAUCUCUCUGAUAGCCAUUCUCUCUGAUGACCUAACUUGUAAAUAAUUUACCCCACCCCUUUCCCAUAUGUCUUUUCCAGUUGAAAUAAACAGACCAUUUUAGGAGAAGUUAAAAUUUUCAA